CUCUAAAAUAGCUUAGAUCAUCAGUGGUCCAUUCAACCAAAGUUCUUGACCAGACAAGAAGCCGCCAGCAAGACUUCCAAGUAAAGAUCUACGAGUCCGAAGACAAUUACCUAUCCAACAAAAUGAAGUACGUUGUUCUGUUGUGCCUUCUCUUUGGCAUCGUUAUGUCACAGGGAGCUCCAGCCCCAGAGGCAGAGGAAAAGAAAGAAGAAAAGGAGGACGACACUGGUGAUUUCGAUGACGAUGUUGCAGAUGAUGCCGACGACUCCGACGAUGAAGACGACGAGGAUGACGGUGAGGACAGCAGCGAGGGAGAUGAUAUGGAUGAAGAGAAGAGGGACGAAAUCCCCAAAGAGAACGAUGAAGCCAAGGAGGACAACCCCGAUGCUCCUGAGAAGGAAGACGAGAAGGUGAACGAUAAAGAAACUGAAGAGAAAGAUGCCGAUAAGGAGGAGGACAAGAAAGCUGAUAAAGAGGACAAGGAGAUCGAAAAGGACGAUAAGAAAGACGAUGAAGAUGAAGAUGAACUAACUGAUGAUCUGGAUGAUGAGGAUGACGAAGAUGAUGAAGAUGAUGAAGAUGAUGAAGACGAUGAAGAUGAUGGAGAUGAUAGUGAUGAUGGAGAUGAUGGUGAAGACGAGGAGGAUGAGGAAGACAGCGAGGACAGCAGCGAGGGAGGAAAGAAGGACGACGAAAAGAAAAAGGAAGUCAAGAAGGAGGACGAGAAGCCCGAGAAGGAGGAAAAGAAGGAAGAAAAAAAGGAGGAUGCCACCAAGAAAGCCGACGAUGAUGAUGACGAUGACGAUGAUGACGACGACGAUGACGAUGAUGACGAUGACGACGAUGAAAAGAAAGAUGACAAGAAGCCAGUAGAGAAGAAGACCGAAGAGAAGACAGCAGAUGUCCCAAAGAAGGAGAAGACACAGUAAAAAGCUACAUUGGCAGCUUCUUCUAACUUGACAUACUUAACCAAUCAAACAGCUACACUGUCACAUCACACAACAAACUUUGUCAACACUUGACAAAACACAGAUGACUACGAUUACACAAAGAACUUUCACUUCAAUCAUUCCAGAAUGAUAUUUUAUAGAUGAACAUUAGUUUACAAAAGUAACCAUAACGUCGUUUAAAAUAACUUCAUCCAAGGAACAUGUGUGGAAAUGUGCUGAGGAGAGGUUCAAUAACUCUUACGUGAUUCAAAUUAUGGAUCGACUCGCUGGGAGUAAUGUACUCGUGAAUAAGAGGGCUAUAUAAUAAAGAGUUAUUUUUUGAAUUGA